AAAAAAGAUAAACUCUAUAAGCAGUUCAUUAAUUCUAGGGACUCAACUACUGAGUUAAAAUACAAACGCUAUCGGAACAAACUGAAUCAUCUUAUAAAAAUUGCUAAACGAAAGUACUAUGAUACAAAAUUUGAGAAGGCUAAAAAUAACCUGAAAGAAACUUGGAAACUAAUCAAUGAUGUAAUCAACAAACCGAGCAGAAAAGCAGCUCUGCCAAAUUCCUUUUUCUCUGAUGGAAAACUGUUAAAUGAUCCACAAGAAAUAGCUAACUGCUUUUGUAAGUUCUUCACCAACAUAGGUCCGAAUUUAGCAAGGAAAAUUCCAGACACACAAGUAUCUUUUCGUAGUUUUCUUGGCGCUUCUGUUAAUGAGUCGCUUAUCUUAAAUCCAACUAAUAUUUCGGAACUAAAUCAAAUAUGCAACUCUUUUAAAUCUGGAAAGUCGCCUGGAUAUGAUAACGUUUCAAUGGAUAUAAUAAAAAGCACCUUUGAUCUCAUUUCUCAGCCUUUGGCCAAUGUAAUCAAUUUGUCUCUUAUUAAAGGAAUAUUUCCUGAUGAACUGAAAAUUGCUAAACUGAUUCCGGUAUUUAAAGCUGGUGAUUCCCAGUAUUUCACUAACUACCGUCCAAUUUCGCUUCUUUCUAAUUUUUCUAAAUUCUUUGAAAGAGUUAUGCACAAUCGUAUUACAAAUUUUUAGAUCGUUUAGAUAUCUUAUAUUGUUGCCAAUUUGGAUUUCGUAAAAAUAUUCUACAGCGCUGUCUUUAAUUCAUCUUAUUAAUAAAAUUGCAACUGCUAUUGACAGAAGCGAAUAUACAGUUGGCAUAUUCUUAGACUUAUCAAAAGCAUUUGAUACUUUAGACCAUCAAAUACUCUUGUCUAAGCUUGAGCAUUAUGGGAUUCAUGGGCUAGCACUUAGCUGGUUGAAAAGCUAUUUGUCAAAUCGCGUGCAGUUUGUCCAGUACAAAGAGACUUGUUCUAUUAGGCUGACUCUGAGCUGUGGAGUCCCUCAAGGUUCUAUAUUAGGACCAUUAUUGUUUGUUUUGUAUAUCAAUGACCUCCCUUGUGCUACUCGUCUUGCUGAAACUAUGCUUUUUGCAGAUGAUACUAGUGUGUUUUAUUCUAAUCCCGAUUUAAAUUGUGCUAUUUCUGCCGUAAAUAAUGAUUUAUCUCAAAUUGAUCUUUUUAUGAAAGCAAAUAAGCUCUCUGUUAACAUAACGAAAACUAAUUAUAUCAUUUUUGCAGCAAGGCAAAAACCAGUCGGCUUCCCAAUAAAUCCUGUCUUGUACGAUGAGGUUUUAUUAAAACAAGUAAAGGUAGUUAAAUUUUUAGGGUUUUUAUCGACGAGCAUCUAACGUGGAAGCCGCAUAUUACUUAUAUAUGUAAGAAAAUUUCAAAAUCUAUUGGCGUCAUGUUUUAGGUCUCGUUUCUUUCUUUCUGAAACAACAAAAAAAAGUCUCUUUAUUAUACCUUAAUUUAUCCUUAUUUAACAUAUUGUACCACAGUUUGGUCCUCCACUUAUGUAACAAACCUUAAUAGAAUUUUUCUUCUACAAAAGCGAGCAGUACGAAUUAUUACAAAUGCAGAUUUUCGCGCGCACUCUGAACCAUUAUUUUUCCGUUUAAAGAUUUUGGACAUAUACAACAUUAAUUCAUUCUAUACUGCACAAUUUAUGUUUUCAUAUUAUCAUCAAUUACUGCCACCGCUUUUUUCGAACCUUUUUGUUACUAGUAGCAAUAUUCAUAAUUAUAAUACUAGAAGUUCCUCGCAUUUCCGUUCUCAUGCCUGCCGAACUAACACCAAACAAUUUUCUAUUUUGUUCCAAGGCCCUAAAAUUUGGAAUUCUUUACCAAACUCAGUCACUUCGAAUUUUACAUUGCAAUCGUUUAAAACGAAAGUUUUUGAUUUUCUACUAUAUCGAUAA